CCGCGCUCCGGAAGCUCAUUCACGUCGUGGUUAAAGCGCUCCUGUGUGUUGUCGAAGUCCGUGAGGUCAACUCUCUUUUCUCCUUUUGUUCUUUGAAUAUACUCCGUGACAUUUGUUCUGUCACUAAUAAAGGUGAUCGAGGAUCAUAUCUGAACAAAAAUGGACUCGUCUGAACACGACUCUUCAAUGCCAUCUUCAGGCUUUGCCACUGGAGGGGAUCUACCACCUGGCCUUACAGAGGAAGAAGUAGAAGAAAUACAGCUAGAGCUUACAAAGGUGGAUGAUGAGAUUCAGACACUGAAGCAAGUUUUGACGGCUAAGGAGAGGCAUGCCGCAGAGCUCAAACGCAGGCUUGGCAUCAGCCCUCUCUCUGAAAUCAAACAAAAUUUCACUAAGGGCUGGCAAGAAAUCCAGUGCUCUAGUGCCUAUAUGCGGACCUCACAAACUGUUGGAGACUUGAAUCGUAGAGUUACUUCAUCGAAUGUAUACCUUACAGCUUCUACCACACUGGAGGACAUAAGCCGCUCUGAAGCGUAUAAGAAGACUCAGGAGACUCUGUCUCAGGCAGGUCAGGUGACAUCAGCUGCCUUCUCCACAAUGGGCACUGCCAUCAGAAACAGACUGGGAGAGAUGAGGGCUCUACCGUACACUAACUCUGGUAGUAACCUUUCCAUGCGUCACUCUUUAAGUAUGCCAGCUAUGAGGAACUCGCCAAGCUUUAAAUCCUUUGAGGACAAGGUGGAAAACAUGAAGUACAAAGUAAUGGGACGAUCGAAUGGGGAGGGCUCCAAUUCGCCAACCAACAAUGAUGCAACAUUCUGAGCUCGAAGCACAACCAAAAACUGACCUUCAUAACCCCGUAACAAAAGUUCACUCAAAAGAAUGUACAAACUGAAAACUGGCAAACGUUGCCAACGUGCAAAGAAGCUUUUUACUUUCACCCUCGUAAAGGUGUUGUAGCCAAACUGAUAAACAAAACCUCUUAAAUAUGCGUGUGGAAAAAUUUGGGUAGGAGCUUUCUUUUCUAUGCACCACAUCGCGUUUAGUUUUUUAAGAACAAGGCUUAUGUGAAUUGUUUUUACAGAUCUCACUUAGACUGUGCUGAAACAUCAUGGCUAUUAUUGUUACAUGCUUUACAUAACAAUUGCACUGGUUAUUACCCUGCUUAUUAAAGACUUUUUUACUCAGGGCUAAAGGUGCUACAGCACCAUAUCUCUAAAUGUAUGUGCUAAAUGAUUCACAUUCAGUGUUUUUUAUUUGGUCUAAAUAGAGUUUUCCCCGAAUUAUAAUCUUAAUUUAUACAACCUUUCUAAAAAAAAUUUAUGUCGUAUCUUUAAUAAGAGUUAAGUGUUUAUCAAGCAAGCUAUUCUCAUUACCCUUUAAAAGUUUAAACAUGACUUUUUCUCUUUUGGUAAAGAUAAAGGACUUUUGGAUGUUUUCCCUUUGAUUUCUUAUAUUUAUAGAGUGUGGUGUCCAGCAUUGUUUGUGUUUUACUUUUUCAGUAUUUUCAAUACGUUAAGUAACAACAACAGUAAGGGCAUUUGGUAAAAUUAUGGAAAUUAAUAAAUUAUUUAUUGUACUAAUCAAACGCAUGCUAUCUAAAAUAUAGAAGAUUAAGGGAAGAUUGGUGUACUGUUUGUGGAUUAGUCAUGCUCUAUCCCAAAUAUUGUGUUGGGACAAAAGGUCAGUUUCACUGUGAGGUGAUAGAAACCCCCUUGUUUUGGGUCAAUCGUUUUGCUUUUGAUUCUUUGUACUGGGCUGGUGCUGAUGGGAGUCAUACUAUGAAUGUUACCAUGGUGACCUAAACACUGUAUACAUGUUGGAUGCUUUACUAUUGUAACAUACUAGACUGUUCAGGGUUUAUCAAGGACAAAUAAAUUAAUGUAAAGAG